CUGACUGAGGACGAGUGGAUGUAUGUGUAUGACUUUCAUCUCAUCUUCUGCAGCGCUUGCGACGAAAGGAAUCACUUUUUGAAUGGCUGGAUUUUGUGGAUAAUGCUGCAUAUGUGUGUUUUUUUGUAACCAUGCCGUAUUAACUUCAUAGGAGUCAUGCAUAACUAUUUCGGAGGUUGUUUCUCACUAGUGUUCCUAAUUUUGACGUUUUGGACUGAGGUUUGCCACUCAUCGGGUUAUUUGGAGCUUCAGUUGAUGAGCGUGGAGAAUGACAGGGGCGAGCUCGCGAAUGGCAACUGCUGCGACGGCGCGCGGAGCCCACCAGACGAUCUGUGCGACCGGGACGAAUGUGACACGUACUUCAAAGUUUGUCUAAAGGAAUACCAGGUGGAGGUCACCACAACUAGUUUCUGUACAUACGGCACUGCGAGCACGAGCGUGCUCGGGGGAAAUACGUUUCAGCUUAAAGGACUCAAUGGAAACCCAAACAAGGCCAAUGACCUCGGGACCGUUAUCAUACCCUUUCAGUUUGCCUGGCCGCGUGCAUACACUCUGAUCGUGGAGGCUUGGGACUGGGACAACCAAACAUUUACUGACAAAAGUGAUGAACUGUUGAUCGAGCGAAGUAUUAAUCGUGGUGAAAUGAACCCCAAUGAGGAACGACAGCUCAUUCAGCACAAGGGUCAAACGGCCAGCCUUCAGUAUGGCGUGCGUGUGCGCUGUGACCGACAUUACUACGGCAAAAAGUGCAACAAGCAGUGUCGCCCUCGAGAUGAUUACUUUGGCCAUUAUCAAUGCGAUCAAUCCGGCAAUCAGCAGUGCAUGGAGGGCUGGACCGGGCCAGACUGCAAGACAGCUGUCUGUAGACAAGGCUGCAGUGAGCUUCAUGGAAUGUGUGAAAUUCCAGGACAAUGUGUGUGUAAAUAUGGCUGGCAGGGUCCACUGUGCGAUGAGUGUUUGAUAUACCCGGGUUGUGUGCAUGGGACCUGCGUGAAGCCCUGGACGUGCACUUGUGAGAAGAACUGGGGUGGACUUCUGUGUGACAAAGAUCUGAAUUACUGUGGCACGCACAAGCCUUGUGUCAAUGGAGCCACAUGUUUAAAUACAGAACCAGAUGAAUAUUUCUGCACCUGUCCUGAGGGCUACUCUGGAAAAAACUGCCAGAUCGCCGAGCAUGCCUGCAUGUCAAAUCCAUGUGCAAAUGGUGGGACCUGUCAUGAACUGGCUUCAGGGUUCGAGUGUCAGUGUCCCCAAGGGUGGGAUGGGCCCACCUGUGCUAAAGACAAAGAUGAAUGUGCCUCGAACCCGUGCGCUCAUGGAGGGACUUGCUUUGAUCUUGAGAAUGGCUUUGACUGCUUAUGUCUCCCACAGUGGGCUGGCAAAACCUGUCAGAUAGAUGUGAAUGAGUGUAGGAGAAGACCUUGUCUAAAUGCUUUCGCUUGUAAAAAUCUUAUUGGUGGAUAUCAUUGCAACUGCUACCCGGGCUGGGUGGGACCCAACUGUAAUAUCAAUGUCAACAGCUGUUACGGGCAGUGUCAAAAUGGAGGAAGCUGUCAGGAGAAUCGUCAUGGUUACACGUGUCUUUGCCAGACGGGGUUCACGGGAAGAAACUGUGAAGUUCAGCAAAACAGAUGUGCCAGCAACCCGUGUCAAAAUGGGGGACGUUGCCGUUCGCAUGAGUGCGAGUGUCUACAUGGAUACACUGGACCCAACUGUGAGGUGCUGGUGGAUCUGUGCAAUCCAAACCCGUGUCAGAAUAAAGCUCAGUGUCACUCUCUGCAGGGAGAUUUUUUUUGUGCCUGCGCAGAUGAAUACGAGGGAAAGACGUGUAGUCAGCUGCGAGACCACUGCAAAACCAGCACCUGCCAAGUGAUUGACAGUUGUACUAUUGCCGUGACAGGCAAUGACACAGUAAAAGCAGUACGGCACAUUUUAUCCAAUGCGUGUGGUCCUCAUGGGCGCUGCAUUAGCCAAUCAGGUGGCAAUUUUACAUGUGCCUGCCAACCAGGGUUUACAGGAAUAUACUGUCAUGAAAAUAUAAAUGAUUGUGCAACCUCUCCAUGUCAAAACGGAGGAACAUGCAUUGACGACAUCAACUCCUUCCACUGUGUCUGCCCUGAUGGCUUUGAUGGGCCACUCUGUGACCUGGAGGUGAAUGAGUGUAGUAAUGACCCUUGUCUAAAUGGAGGUCAUUGUAUGGAUCUGCUGAAUGAUUUCUAUUGUCACUGCAUAGACAACUGGAAGGGAAAGACUUGUAAUUCACGUGACAAUCAAUGUGAUCCCAGCACAUGUGCUAAUGGAGGAACAUGUCAUGAUCGGGGAGACUCGUUCCAGUGUGUGUGCUCCUCCGGGUGGGGUGGCAGUACCUGUAACACAGCAAUGAACAGCUCAUGUGAAUCCGGGCCGUGUCUGAAUGGUGGAACUUGUGUUGGAGGGGGCACGACCUUCACUUGCAGUUGUAAAGAUGGAUGGGAAGGACCCACCUGUGCUCAGAAUGUUGAUGACUGCAACCCUCAUCCCUGUUAUAAUGGAGGAUCAUGUGUGGACGGGGUGAACUGGUUUCGCUGUGAAUGUGCUUUUGGAUUUGCUGGGCCUGACUGUCGCAUCAACGUAGAUGAGUGUCAGUCUAAUCCUUGUUCGUAUGGAGCCACAUGCGUGGAUGAGAUUAACGGAUAUCGCUGUCUGUGCCCAGUUGGACUUGCCGGACCACGGUGCCAAGAGUUCAUCGGUGUUGGGAAGUCAUGCGAUCAGUCGGGCUUGCAGGUUCAUCAUGGUGGCCGUUGGGAAGAAGGCUGCAACAGCUGUCAGUGUAUGAAUGGAAACAUCAGGUGCACUAAAGUACGUUGUGGCCGUCAGCCCUGCUUGUUGCAGUCAGGUUUUGGUCAGCCACAGCACCCUGUGUGUCCACCAGGGCAGGAGUGUGUAGAGCAUCAGUUUCUGUCUUGUCUUCGCCCACCCUGCCAACAGCUGGGGAUUUGCUCUGCCCCUGAACGUCUACAACCAAUCGUCUCUCAUUGCCUACCCAACAACGGCUACCUAGAUGACGACUGUGCUCGUGUUACGCUUGUAUUUGACCCCGAUACUGUUCCACAGGGGACAACUCCUGAAGGUGUCUGCGCAGAGAUAACGUAUCUGCCAAUCACACGAGUCCUGGCCAAAGACAGCACCCUUUCCAUUCUUUGCGACCAAUCACCUACCAGCCAAAAUGCAGUCGAGGUUGCAAUGUCAUAUGAGCACAACACUUUUGUUGAGGGACGUACUCAGAUACAGGACGUGGUCCGAUCCAUAAUUGAUGUUCUGUCGAAACGUCACAACAGCACGCUACUGUUGGCUGUUAGAGAGGUCAGAGUGGACACCCAGGACCCGCACCCCCCAGUUGGAUACCUCGUACCGGUAUUGUGUGUGCUGUUUGUGGUGUUGUGGAUCUCCUGUAUCGUCGUGUGCAUGUGUUGGUUCCGGAGACGCCGGAAAGCGAGACAAAGAGGAGAUGCGCCGAUGGAGGAGAGCAUCAACAACCAACGUGGGACGGUGCUGAGCGUCCGCACGCCGCACAAAGACAACACGGACACGCCGCAGGAGAACAAGAACCUGAUUUACCCUCUGGAUCGGAUUGGAGACGGAGCUGAACAUGAGGAUGAGGAGGAAGAGGGAGAUGAAGAAGCAGACACAGGGAUUGUUUUGCAUAAAUGCUCGUCUCUCACGUACACUAAAAGGGACGUGGUGUGCACUUUUCAUCCUACGGCCCAACACCAGCCACACAGGACACAGUACAGCGGCAAAGACAACCGCUGUAAGAACAAUGUGAAUGAGCACAUGAGUGAAGACACAAAAGAUCAUUAUGUAUGAAAGAACUAAAAAAAGAAUUUGCUGUAUGAUCAAAAAGCGAUCGCUUUUUUCGUCCUUUUUGUCUUCGUGUAGGCAAACGAAACAGGAAUUUGCGUUCGAGAAAUGCAGCAAGACAUUCAGUGAACGGUUUUCAGCUUUUCUUUUGUUUACACUUGCACUCACUUUCUUUUAUAAGAAGGACUUUGUACACACGGCUGAACUUUGAGAUUAUGUCUGUGAACUAUGGCGAGACCUUUGACCUUUGGGGCUAAAGAGGAAUCAGAGAUAGGCAGCUUUAAAUUGUUUUUGUCCAGACCUGCCCUAAGUCAAGUGUUAGGAACUAUCAUUUCUUACACAAGUGCCUCAUCGGACCUUCAAGAUAGCGCUUACAUACGGCAAAAUCUUUUUAUUUUUUUAUAUACGGUAGUUUUUAUUUGCAAUAAUACUCAACAAAUACCGUAUGUGGGUUUUUGUUAUUUUUGUUAACAAAUAAUGUAGAGAUGCAAAUAUAAAAAAAAAACUAUUACUAUUUUUAGGGAAUUGGUACUCAUAAUACCAAUGCAUUUUGACUGAUUAAGGUUUUUAGUCACCCAUUUGAAAAUGAAUAUUUCUUUAAUCACUGAGACAAUUCUUUAUAAUGCAAGACAAUAAUGCAUGUGUAUAUAUAUAUAUAUAUAUAUGUGUGUGUGUAAAUAGUGAAAGAAAGACAUAGCUGUGUAUAUUUGAGUUUAAUAAGUUAUGCGACACCUUUUUUUAAAAUUAUUGCAUUUCCCUUUGCUCUCUUAGACUUCCUCCCUCUUUUUUUAACAGUGUCAUUCCUUUUAUUUAUGUUGGACAGAAACUUUUAUAUAUAUACGUGUAUAUAUAUAUAAAUAUGUAAAAGGGCCACAGCCUGUUAGUUUAUCUGUGGGGACUCUUUAUAAGAGAUAAUCUGAACAUAACAUGCUCUGUCAUCAUUGCUUGUAUGUGUUAUUUUAAGGAUUUUCCUAAUGAAUGUUGACUAGGGAACGGACACGCUGACCAUGCUGAAAGAAGAAAGAAAACAGUCAAUGUUUCUCUGAAGCUCGACUUGAUUGGAGAAACGCUCAAUGAAAGACUUGAUGAAUAUGCUGCGUGUCUGAGUGGCACUUUAUGUUCAACACCUGCUUAUUCGAGUCAGUGUCAGUCAUGAUAUAAUUAUGUGUUUAUGUUACUGUCCUAGCCUGCCUAGUUUUUAAGCCAGAUGUUGGAAUACUUUGGAAGAGUUUUAUUCUUAAUGUGUAACAUUAUUGAGUGCUAUUAUGCUACUGUUUCAAUUGAACCACAAAUGGACCAGAACCUCUAAACCAGGCAGCAGACGACUCCAGGCCAAAGUCAGCAGAUCUGGUCCGGAGUCGUCUGCUGUCUGAGAAAUCAGGCUGACCCACAUAAAGAACAAAACGUUUGCAGUUAAUUGCAAACUAACCAGCCAGUGUAUUUGUGUUAAAUAUUAGGCUUUGUUUUAAAUGGUACUAAUACCAUUUUUAGAUACAUUUAGGCUAGUGAUGCUGAACCCACAUUAGAAAUCCUCCUUUAUUUGGGAUGGCAGAGUAUUUUUUGUGCUUUAUUUAUGUGUGACAUCCUUUUGUACUUUUGGGGUCAAUUGAACGCAUUUGUGUCAAGGGUUUUAAAAGGUCUGGAAAAUAAUGUCAGUGCAUGUUGCUUUGGCUGAAUGAAGGGAACAAUUUCUAUUUUUUUUCUGUCAUUUGUUUCAUUUGGUGUCUGUAGUACAAACAAUUUUCAUGAGGUUAAGAUAAAUACAGGAUUAUUAAAAAAUGGGAAAUGUGAUCCAAUUUAUGUCACUUAAAUUAAAGCACAGUUUUCCAAAUUUUUGAUUACAGUACAAUACAGGAAUUGUAAACACUCCACAUACACAUAAAGAAAAAACUCUGGACGUCUAUCACAUUAAUGGCUGUGAUUAGUUUUACAUGCACUGAUGGUCAUAAUGAAUCCUGCCUUUCUAUUGGACUCUCCCCAACAAUCCAAGUAUUUAUUAAAGACUUUUGUAUCUAUGCA